AUGAGCUUCUCCUGCGUCGUGCCCGUCUCACCUGUCACUGCGCUCAAGCGCGCCCGCAGCAGCGCGGAUGACGACAUGCGGUUCUUGAAAGCCAGCAAAUAUGCCUGCGACGCCUCACCCCACUCGCCUCGCGCGGUUGCAGCGGCAGUCUUGGCUCAUCGAAAGCAGCAGCUUUUGUUCCGCCACCACCAGAUGCAGCAGCAGCAACAGCAGCAGCAACAGCUCCAGCUCCAGCAGCAGCAGCAACGGCAGCACCAGCUCCAGCAGCUACGCCGUCACCAGCAACAACAACAACAACAGCAACAACAGAGGGACUUGUCGCCCUUUGUGCUCGCGUGCAGCAACAUCCGCUACGCCAUCACGUUCAUCCAGAACUCGCGUCGUCACGCUCUGGCCCUGUGUCUCCAGAACCAAUGGGAGCGCGCGUUGCUCGUGCUCGAGAAGAUCGAGCGGGCCAACGACAAGAUCUCGCGCCAACGUCGCACGAAAGUGCGCGAGACGGCCAAUGCUAAUGCCGACCGAGUGUUUGACACCCAGGCCAUGCCGAGUCAACCGCCACAGGUACCAAGUCCCGUCAAGAGCUUCAAGCCCAAGCGCCAAGUGCGCUUUAGCAACAAGGUGCAAGUUGCUGAAGCUGGUGUGGUCGACCGAUCCCCGGCGCCCAUGCCCGUGCUCAUGCGCGACGAGAUCCUCGUGCUCCGUGCAUCGCGACCGAUUCCGUUGCGCAACUUUUCCGAGUUCUGGAGCAUUUCAUCGUAG